CUUACACAGGACUCUUAAAGGCCCUGCUGUGAGAGUUAACUUAGUCUCUUCCUCUUUUUUUACUUCUACUCCCCAACAGACUUCACUUCUUCCGGAAAAAUGCGUGAGUGUAUCUCAGUGCACGUUGGUCAGGCUGGAGUCCAGAUUGGAAAUGCCUGCUGGGAGCUUUACUGCCUUGAGCAUGGCAUCCAGCCGGACGGACAGAUGCCUAGUGACAAGACAAUUGGAGGAGGAGAUGAUUCCUUCAACACCUUCUUCAGUGAGACUGGAGCCGGAAAGCACGUCCCCAGGGCUGUUUUUGUCGAUCUGGAGCCCACAGUCAUCGAUGAGGUACGCAGUGGGACCUACCGCCAGCUCUUCCACCCUGAGCAGCUGAUCACUGGCAAGGAGGAUGCUGCCAACAACUACGCCCGUGGACACUACACCAUCGGCAAAGAGAUCAUUGACUUGGUGCUGGACAGGAUCCGCAAACUGGCUGACCAGUGCACCGGCCUUCAGGGUUUCCUGGUGUUCCACAGCUUCGGAGGUGGCACCGGCUCUGGUUUCACCUCCCUGCUGAUGGAGCGUCUGUCUGUCGACUACGGCAAGAAGUCCAAGCUGGAGUUCUCAAUCUACCCAGCUCCCCAGGUAUCCACCGCUGUGGUGGAGCCCUACAACUCCAUCCUGACCACCCACACCACCCUGGAGCACUCUGACUGUGCCUUCAUGGUAGACAAUGAGGCCAUCUACGAUAUCUGCCGUAGGAACCUCGAUAUCGAUCGUCCUACUUACACCAACCUGAAUAGGUUGAUCAGUCAGAUUGUGUCCUCCAUCACUGCUUCCCUUCGUUUUGAUGGUGCCCUCAAUGUUGAUCUGACAGAGUUCCAGACCAACUUGGUGCCAUAUCCCCGUAUCCACUUCCCUCUGGCCACCUACGCCCCCGUCAUCUCAGCUGAGAAGGCUUACCAUGAGCAGUUAACAGUAUCUGAGAUCACAAACGCUUGCUUUGAGCCAGCCAAUCAAUUGGUGAAAUGUGACCCUCGCCACGGCAAGUACAUGGCUUGCUGCCUUCUGUUCCGUGGUGAUGUGGUGCCCAAAGAUGUGAAUGCUGCUAUUGCCGCCAUUAAAACCAAGCGCACCAUCCAGUUUGUGGACUGGUGUCCCACUGGUUUCAAGGUUGGCAUCAACUACCAGCCUCCCACUGUGGUUCCUGGUGGAGAUCUGGCCAAGGUCCAGAGGGCUGUGUGCAUGCUGAGCAACACCACUGCUAUUGCAGAGGCCUGGGCUCGGCUUGACCACAAGUUUGACCUGAUGUACGCUAAGCGUGCCUUUGUUCACUGGUAUGUGGGUGAGGGUAUGGAGGAGGGAGAGUUCUCUGAGGCCAGAGAAGACAUGGCAGCUCUGGAGAAGGAUUACGAGGAGGUGGGAGCAGAUAGUUUGGGAGAUGAGGAUGAAGGAGAAGAGUAUUAAACAGGCAUACAUUCCUUAAUCAUGUCAAAGCUGUGCCUUUUGUCAAAAAUAAAGUUGUCAAUUGUCUAA